CUGUCACACGCCUGCAUACGCGUCUCCCCUGUGCAAGUCCAGAUACAACUCCUACGUCUCUUUCUCCCUCAUCAUGGAUCCGUCACAUCGCAUUGUCCCGGCAGCCGCCACCAAGACUGCGUCCAUUCAGGACACCGCCAACACCCUUGGCCUUCAUGAUACUCUCCGUUACGGCCCACGCAGUCUCGCUACAGAGACUAGGACACGCACUGAACUCCCAAGCAGGCUCUCAAAGUGGGAAGAGACCCAGGACAACGCCAAGCUCACCAUGCUUCGUAACGUGCACGGCCUGCAUGCGCCUGCUCGCCUGCUGAUGGAGCGUAACAUCGUCUCGCACAGCCCGCAUAUGCCAGCAUUGCCUCAGACGAACCUUCACCUUGACAUCCUCAUGGGUAGAGAUGAAACUCUAAGCCCAGGCGACUUCUUCAGUGGUAUGGAGAAUGGUCACUCGCUAGACAUCCACACCGACAUGGAAAGGAAACUUCGCAUGUAAACACCUGUACAAAUUGUCAUAUACUAAUACAACGCCAUCAUCACACAUAUAUUACAACAAAUGACC